UCGUUGUGUUAAGGAGAUGAGAGGCGGGGUGCUUGGCUAUGCUGAGGAGGGUUAAUGAAUAGUAAGGGGGUGGUAAAUGUAUCGGGUGGCGGUGAUGUGCGGGCAGGGGGCGGACUGCUGCCAGCCGGCCCGGACUCUCCCCCCUGCCACUCCUCUGUGGACGGCUCAGUCCGCGAUGGAGCCCGGGACAUGAGAGCACACACACGGGACUCACUCUCUUCACGCGUGGGGUUCUCAUGUGGAAGUGUGGGAGAAGUGUGCAUGGCUCGACAGACCUUUAGAGAGCAAGAAUGAAAAUACCAUGUGGCCACUACACACAUAGAUUGAGACACAGGUGCUUCCUGUUUUCUCUGUCUCUGCUGGCGGUCUGUCUGCUCAAGCUGGUCUACAUCAAAGUGAGGGUGAGGGACAGCGUCUAUAUCCAGCCCUAUGGAAUCCCUGAUAGCUUCUCCAGGACCCACGACCACAAGUAUGACGUCAACUGCACAGCCAUCUACGAGCUGGACCCUGUGGAGAUCGGCAAAGUUCUCCAGAUCAAACGGAAAGCCAUUGUUGACGUCGACGAUGACACCACCGUGAGUCUGACCUCGGACUGCCAAACCUUUCUCAAAGCCCGGGGUUACAAUGAGGCUCCGGUGUCGGCUGCAGAGCGCAGCUUCCCAUUGGCUUACUCUCUGGUGGUGCAUAAGAACGCCCCCAUGGUGGAGCGAAUCCUUCACGCCAUCUACGCACCGCACAACAUCUACUGCAUCCACUAUGACCAGAAGUCAUCUCCAGCGUUCAUAAAGGCCAUCACCAACCUGGCUCGGUGCACUCGAAAUGUGUUCAUCGCCUCUAAACUGGAGUCUGUGGAAUAUGCCCACAUCAGCAGGCUAAAUGCCGACCUGAACUGCCUCCAUGACCUGCAGAGGUCAGAGGUCAACUGGAAGUACGUCAUCAACCUGUGUGGCCAGGACUUUCCUCUCAAGUCCAACUACGAGCUAGUGCUGGAGCUGAAGCGGCUGAACGGCAGCAGCAUGCUGGAGUCCAGCCGGCCCAGCGGACUCAAGAAGCAGCGCUUCAGCUUCCAGCACGAGCUGAAGAACGUGCCUUUUGAGUACCGGCGCAUGCCGGUCAAAACCACGGUGCUCAAAGACGCUCCUCCUCACGGCAUCGAGAUGUUCAUCGGCAGCGCUUACUUUGUCCUGUCGCGGGAUUUUGUGAAUUAUGUCAGCAGCAGCCAGGUGGCAAAGGACUUCCUGGCAUGGUCGGCUGACACAUACUCACCAGAUGAACACUUCUGGGCCACCCUGGUCAGGGUCCCCGGGGUGCCGGGACACAUUCCCAGGUCCGAGACUGACAUUACAGAUCUGAGGAGCAAGACAAGACUAGUCAAGUGGAACUAUUUAGAAGGAAAUCUUUACCCAGCGUGCACCGGUACACACAUGCGCAGCGUUUGCAUCUACGGAGCGGCUGAACUUCGCUGGCUCCUCAACUACGGCCACUGGUUUGCUAACAAAUUUGACCCCAAAGUGGACCCGAUCCUGAUUAAGUGUUUGGAGGAGAAGCUGAUGGAAAAACGUCAAAAAGUGCAAACAUGACACUGACGGGAUCAGGAAAUGUGGCGAGGAGCGCCUGCGUUUAUUCCGGCAAAGGUGCAAAAUGACAUCAGACUUCAUCGACUCAAUCAUUGGACACAAGCACAGCUUUGAGAUGAUGGCACUUGACUUGAGUAUAUUUUAAUUUUGUUAAUUAGAAAACAUUGAACUUGUUAAGGUAUAGAG